GUAAGGAGAUUAACAGAGAUCCAAUUUCAAUUUUGAAAUCACAGAGGCGCUCUCCCAUCUCAAAACGUCGCGUCGCGGCGUCGGUUUAUUCUUCUUUUAAGAUCUCUUUUUAUCUUCUUCGUUUUAACAUUUUCAAUAUUCCCUCCAAAUCUCAUUUUCAUUUCCCCAAAAAAGUGAAAGAAUUUAGGGAUUUCAAUUUCUCAGGUGCUCUCGUCUCGUCAAGAGCCUCCACAUCAAUGUCCGCUUCAGGCGUCUCCAUCACGGCCAACUCGGCGGCGGCUCGCCGGAGGCCGGUGAUGGUCCACGAGAAUAAAUCAAGUAACAUUGAAUUGGUUCAAGCCGAACCCCAAGUCAAUGGCGGAAACGAUAGAGUUGCUGUGGCUGCGACCAGCAGAGAUCUGAGCCUCCAUUCGAUUCGAGGCGAAGCGGUUGUGGAGAAAGAUUUGAUGCAAGUGAAGAAGAGCGCCAUGGCUAAUUCUACUGUGUCGCCUCGCCGGACGAGAAAGGCAGCGGCCAAGCAGGAGAAGCCACGGUGGUUGACGGUGGUUAGUAUUUUUACUAAGAAUUUUAUGCUUUUAUUGGUUUUGUUAGGGCUGGUUCAGUUGGUUAGGAAGUUAGCUUUGAAAGAUGGGGAUCCGACGCAAUUAGGGUUUUCGGAAUUCGAGAGACGAAUUGGGGAUGUUGAGGAUUUUGUGAGGAGCACUACGAAAUUGAUGCAGGUUCAAAUUGAGGUUGUUGAUAGGAAGAUUGAGAGUGAGAUUGGAGGGUUGAGAACUGAAGUUAGUAAAAAUAUUGAGGAUAAAGGUGUAAUUUUGGGGCUUGAGUUGAAGAAAUUGGAAGAGAAGAGCGAGGGGUUGGAGAGGACAUUGAGUGAAUUUAAAGCUGUUGAUUGGUUCUCGAAAGAGGAGUUUAAUAGGUUUGUUGAAGGGACGAGGAAGAGGAGUAGUGGUGAAUUUAGUGAAAAUGAUGUUAGUUUGGAUGAUAUAAGGGUUUAUGCAAGGGAGAUUGUGGAAAAGGAGAUUGGUAAGCAUGCAGCUGAUGGCAUUGGGAGGGUGGACUAUGCAUUGGCGUCUGGUGGGGCUAGUGUUGUUAAGCAUUCUGAACCUUAUUUGCUUGGGAAAGGGAAUAAUUGGUUUUCAGUGGGUGGUCGAAGUGGUGUUCAUAGGGAUGCUGAUAAGAUGUUGAAACCAAGUUUUGGGGAGCCGGGUCAGUGUUUCCCUUUGAGAGGGAGUAGUGGAUUUGUUCAGAUUAAGCUGAGGAUGGCUAUCAUUCCUGAGGCUAUCACAUUGGAACAUGUGGAUAAGAGUGUUGCUUACGACAGAUCAAGUGCUCCGAAGGAUUGUCGUGCCUCUGGAUGGCUACAGGGGCAUGAUAAUGAGUUAGCAGUCAAUGCUGAGAAGAUGUUUCUUUUGACAGAGUUUACUUAUGACCUUGACAAGAGCAAUGCUCAGACCUUCACUGUAUUGGACUCACCAGGCUCUGGCGUUGUUGACACUAUUAGACUGGACAUUACGUCGAACCAUGGAAGCUCUUCUCAUACUUGCAUUUAUCGCUUAAGGGUACAUGGUCAAGAACCUGAUUCUGUCUCCAUGUUGCCUAUGUAGUUUCAUGAGUAAGUCUUCACCGUUUAUGCCAUCGCUCUUGUAAUUGUCAUCUCUACUCUUUUUUCAUUUCUUUCUUUCUUUUUUGAUUCUUUGCUUAGAACCUACUUCAAACUUUUUGCUUAUUAGACGCAGAGUCUCUUGUGUUUAGAUACUUCUACUUCCUGAUGUUAGUAUUGUCAAAAAAAAAAAAGUUUGUGUACCACGUAUGAGUCUGAGUGAGUUGUAAAAUUAUGAUUUCUGACUUCAAAAGACAAGUAUAUGGUUGACAAUGAGACUGAGGCUCAUCAAUCUUUUAGAGCCAGUGGAUUGACAUCCAUUUUAUCGGAGCCUAUGCUAAUUCAACGGAUA